AUGUUUUGCUUUCGUACAAAACGGUCUCCGGAUAUUUAUGACAAUAAACCACCACCAAGGCCAGUAUACAUGGGAUGUUUACGCAAUCCCCAACCACCAGUUACUGUACAAAUUGUUGAGCCUCCUCCUCCACCAGCACCAUUAAAAGAUCCGGAACCUGUAGAACGUCAGGAAGUAAACAAAGGAGACGAUGUAGAUGAAGCACCACCACGUCCGUCUAAAAGAGUAAUGACUCGGGCGGAAUUGCGCAAGCUGCAGGCCCAGAGUAAUUUGCAACUGUAUAAAUUCAGUCUUCCGCUGGUUGGGGAUGGAUAA